AUGAGCGGGCUGGCGGGCGCACUGCCCGGGGCGCUGGCGGGCGCGGCGGGCGCCGUGGCCAGCACGGCGUCCAGCGUCGCCUGGUUUCUGCCCAUGCUGGUGGCCGCCAUCGCCUACUUCCACUACGAGCUGCUCGACCCCGAGUCGCGGCCCAUCGACAUCGACACGGAGCUGCUGCGGCCGCAGUAUGACUUUGUGAUCGAAAGUCCGAAAACAGCUCGUCUGAAGCACAGGGCUGUCUGCUCUUCCGUGCUAAGCAGUGAACCUGAGGCGUUCUGCGCAGGCGCGGUGGUGGCGAACCGGCUGUCGGAGGUGGAGGGGUGGUCGGUGCUGCUGCUGGAGGCCGGCGGCGACGAGACGGAGAUCUCCGACGUGCCGCUGCUCGCUGCCUACCUGCAGCUGUCGCAGCUCGACUGGAAGUACAAGACGGAGCCGCAGGGCACCGCCUGUCUUGAUACCGAUGAUACCAAACUUGAGAGCUCGCUUCUGUUGCCAGGCAUGCAGGGCGGCCGCUGCAACUGGCCGCGAGGCAAGGUGAUCGGCGGGUCGUCGGUGCUCAACUACAUGCUGUACGUGCGCGGCAACAGGCGCGACUACGACGCGUGGGAGGCGCAGGGCAACCCGGGCUGGGGCGCCAAGCACGCCCUCUACUACUUCAAGAAGUCGGAGGACAACCGCAACCCGUACCUGGCGCGCUCGCCGCUGCACGGCACGGGCGGCUACCUCACGGUGCAGGAGGCGCCGUGGCACACGCCGCUGGCCGCCGCCUUCGUGCAGGCCGGCCAGGAGAUGGGUUACGACGUGCGCGACAUCAACGGCGAGCGACAGACGGGCUUCAUGAUCGCGCAGGGGACGACGCGGCGUGGCUCGCGCUGCUCCACGGGAAAGGCUUUCCUGCGGCCCGCGCGCCUGCGCAAGAACCUGCACGUGGCCAUGCACGCGCACGUGACGCGCGUGCUCAUCGACCCGCGCACCAAGACGGCCGUCGGCGUCGAGUUCGCCCGCGACGGAAAGAUGCAUGUGGUGCGCGCGCGCAAGGAGGUGAUCCUGUCGGCGGGCGCCGUCAACUCCCCGCAGCUGCUGCUGCUAUCCGGCGUGGGGCCCGCGGCGCACCUCCGCGAGCUGGGCAUCCCGGUGGUGAAGAACGCGCCGGGCGUCGGCCACAACCUGCAGGACCACAUCGGCCUCGGCGGAUUCACGUUCAUGGUCAACCAGCCCGUGUACGCCAUGUUCGGUGACGGACCGCUGACGGUGAUGGGCGGCGUGGAGGGCCUGGCCUUCGUCAACACCAAGUACCAGAACGCCAGCGAGGACUGGCCCGACAUCGAGUUCCACUUCAUCUCGGGCUCCACCAACAGCGACGGCGGCCGCCAGAUCCGGCGCGCACACGGCCUCUCCGACUCUUUCUACAACGCCGUCUUCCGUCCCAUCGAUGACCAGGACGUGUGGAGCGUGAUCCCGGUGCUGCUGCGCCCGCGCUCGCGGGGCGUCAUCAAACUGCGCUCGCGCAGCCCCUUCGACCCGCCGCUCAUCUACCCCAACUACUUCACCGACCCCUUCGACAUGGCCACGCUGGUGGAGGGCGUCAAGAUCGCGCUGGCCAUGAGCCGCACGCGCGCCUUCCAGCGCUUCGGCAGCCGCAUGCACGAGCUGCCCUUCCCGGGCUGCGCGCACCUCCCGCAGUUCACGGACGCCUACUGGGAGUGCAUGAUCAGGCACUACUCCGUCACCAUCUACCACCCGGUCGGCACCUGCAAGAUGGGGCCCUACUGGGACACGGACGCCGUCGUCGACCCCGCGCUCAAGGUAUACGGCAUCCACGGUCUGCGGGUGAUCGACGCGUCCAUCAUGCCGCUGCUAGUGAGUGGCAACACGAACGCGCCCGUCAUCAUGGUGGCCGAGAAGGGCUCCGACCUCAUCAAGGAGUACUGGCUGAAGAAGGCGUGACCGCCGCCACUGCCUGUCCCACCAACGCCCUGAGCUCCGCCGACGGGCCGCUCUCGCACUACGAUCACCUGCUGCAGCUGCGGCUUCGGCUACGAAGGGAUAGUGGGUAUCGGCAGAUGACCUCACGGAUCUCGUGUUCUAGGAGAUUGCUAACUUACACGCCAUGGACGGUUCAACUUUGCAAGUCGAUGGUCUCCACUUGCACUGAGUACAAUUUCGUUUCGGAAAAUUAUCUCCAUUGUUCAUUCGCACACAGUAAUCCUCGACGGUUAUAUGCCGGGUAAUUCUCAAGUGUGAUCGGGGUCCAUACGUUGUAUGCCAUCUUGAACAACACCUGAUAGCGGAUUCCGUAAUAACACAAAUCAUCUUCGAGUGCCGUUAUGAGAUGACUGUUAAUAGGAACGGGACAUUAGAGGUAUAGAAUAGUAUUGUUGAGGCAUGCACGACAAAACCUGUGUGUCGAUGGGACAAGAAACGGCAAAGAAAAACGAAAUAAUAAUCCUGAACUACUUUCUGUCACACAGUGCGACCGUUGGGAAGUUCAGAAACGUCGCACACAGUACGAAUUACGCCACAUUCCCAUCAUUACAGCGACACGCGUAAGGAAAAGUGUCAACGUAAUCUAUGUUUCCUCUUAGCAGAACUGAGAGAAACGUUUAGUUGCACCAUACUCCUGUCUUCGUAAUCUUUGAGAAAGAUGUUUUCAACACAAUGGCAGAGUUUUACCAAUUCAAUUGAGUGUAUCUUUCAAUCUAUAUGACCUAAGAAGCGAGUUUUAUCUAAUUUGAAUAUACGUGAUGUGUAACGCCAUGAAUUUUUAUAUCAGGAAAACGGUGGGUGUAUAAGAAAUGAGCACAUCACAUGAUUAUAUUACAUCACUUAUUAUAUGAGUUUGCUAACAAAACCAGCUCAUUCUAUUUGCGAAAAGCGAAGCAAAAACUCUUCUUGCUUGUUCACGGUGCUUGAUAAAAAUGAGUUGUUUUUUUUCGAUACGUUUUACGUUGCAAUAAUCUGAAUUUAAUUGAAUGAAUGAAUAAUGAAUCUGAAUUUAAACUCUAUGAAGUGAGUUUAUGAAGACUUGCAAAAUUUGGAAAAAUAUGGAAUUUGGUGAGUAAUAGGAUGAGAUGGUUUCGAUAUCAAACGCCUCAAUAUCGAAGUAUGUGUAAUACAAAGUACAUUAAUAUUAAGAUAUUAUCGUUUUUGAAGUGUACUUAAAUGUGUACUUGUCAAAGAACACAAAGCGGCAAGUACAUUUUAUUAUAUACAAAAAUAAUUACCGAUUUUUUAAUAACAUUACUUCAUAUAAUAGUAGUAAAGGUUCCAAGGACGUCCACAAUGUUGUAGAAUCCAUAUAUAACCAAAACAUAAGUCGUACAACAAUGAUUCGACUCAGUAAUUUUAAAUUGAUUAAAAUGCGGUAAAUUAUUUGAAGAAAACAAAAAUAAAGAAGUAUUAGUGUUAUCUGCAAUUCAGACACAAAGAAUUUAUUAAUACUAGUGUUUCAGUGAUUGUUAUGAAGAUAAAAUAUUGUACAUAGCAAAAAUCCAUCAUGAACGAGUAAUUCAAUAAAAUUUAUUUAUUUUUUACUGUGAUUUGUUUUAUGUAUAGUUCUCAGAAAAGCUUAUUACGCUUUUAUGUACUUUGUGCUGACAAAACCGAUUUAUGGUUGACUGCUAAUAUAUUACGAUAAUGUUUGUGUAAUAAAGGGUGAGA